AUUUACGUUACCGUAAUUAAAUAUUGCAAAAAUAAUUAUUAUAAUAUUAAUUGAGGAGUGUUUUAAUAUACGUAAUGCACACAGAUUUGUCCCCACAUUUACAUACAGAUGAAUGCAAUGUUCUAAUAAAAUUACUACAGGAUUGUCACGUAGAGCAUUCAUUCCGGAAGUUUUUAGGUUAUUGUAAUGACUAUGACCGAGAAAUGAGAAAAUGUUUAAAAGCUGAACGACUACGACGUCAAAAAGCAAACAAUGAAGAAGCAAUAAAGAAACACGCAGCCAUUCGCGCAAGAAUUUUAGCACAGCAACAGCAGCAAUAAUUUCAAAUAUAUACUUCUUUUUGCAAUAUGGAAUACAACAUAUUGGACUCUAUAGACCUGAAUGAUAAUUCUAUUUAUAAAUCUUUCACAGACAGAUAUUUUACUAAGAGAUACAUUUUGAAUGUAGACGGUAUUGAAAACAAUGACAUUAUGUUAAUGUUUCAUUCGAACAGAAUUACUUUACUCUGUCUUGCACCAAGUCAUUUCUUUUUUAAAAAACCUGAUAAGUAUAGCCUCAAUUUUACAAUAGGGAAAGUGGAUAGAUUAAGUAACUUAGUCAAAGGUAAAGGUAAAAAGGGGGGACAGAUGUUAACACCAAAAUCGGCUAUUUGCAAAGUAGAAUGGACUGAUGGGACAAGUUUUGAUAUACCAUGUGGUAUGAAAGGCACUCUUAUAGAAAUUAAUGAGAAUUUAGUGAAAAAUCCUGAACUUCUAAGAGAACAACCCGAUGCCGACGGAUUUAUUGCAAUUAUGUUGUCCAGUAUAGCUAAUUCAGAAGCAACAAAAAAUGAAUUACUAAAUCACGAAGAGUAUUUAAAGCAUGUUAAUUGUAGUGUUUAAAACUAUGAAAUAAAUGCAUUAGUUUUGU